AUGCCCGGCGUGGACGGCGAUGUGGCGUUGGAGCAGAUGUACGAGCUGUCGGCGGGGGCGGAGAGUGGCGGACACGAGACGGAGCGGCAGACGGCAGGCGAGCCGGACCAGACGCCAUCGACGCAGGUUGUCGUUGCCACCGAGUCGGCGUAG